AUGGAGCCUGAAAGACAAAAUGGAUGGCCCAGAUGGAAAGUCCUUGACCACUCCCACCAUAUAAAGGCAAAGGAAUCGCCACAAACCCUAGCUCCCUCUAAAGAGAAAAACCCUUCCCGUUACUGCGCAUCGCAGCUCAUUUCCGAUCCCAUGGGGGCUUACAAGUACGUGUCGGAGCUAUGGAGGAAGAAACAAUCCGAUGUUAUGCGUUUCUUGCAGAGGGUGAGGUGUUGGGAGUACCGCCAACAGUCUGCCAUUGUUCGUGUCACCAGGCCUACUCGCCCUGACAAGGCUCGUCGCUUGGGUUACAAGGCAAAGCAGGGAUAUGUGGUCUAUCGUGUUCGUGUUAGACGUGGUGGUCGGAAGAGGCCUGUUCCCAAGGGUAUUGUGUACGGGAAGCCCACAAACCAGGGUGUUACUCAACUGAAGUUUCAGCGCAGCAAGAGGUCAGUUGCAGAGGAACGAGCUGGUCGUCAGUUGGGUGGUCUCAGGGUUCUGAAUUCAUACUGGUUGAACGAGGACUCUACUUACAAGUACUAUGAGGUAAUUCUAGUUGAUGUUGCUCAUAAUGCAAUCAGAAAUGACCCAAGAAUCAAUUGGCUUGCUGGUGCUAAACACAAGCACAGGGAGCUCCGUGGUCUCACUUCUGCUGGUAAGAAAUACAGGGGAUUACGUGGAAAGGGUCACCUCCACCACAAGGCACGUCCUUCUCGCAGGGCAAACUGGAAGAGAAAUAACACCCUCUCCCUUCGUCGCUACCGUUAGAUUUUGUUGUUGCUUUCAGCUUUUGCAUCUCUUUUUUGGAUAUUGUCUGGCAGAAACAAUAGUGGUUAUUUGGAGCUGGAAAUUUUGGAUAUUGAAAGACUCAAAUUAUGUUCUACUUAAAAAUUUUAUUAGUUGAUAUCUUGAUCUGGUUCUUCACUGCGUUUUA